AUGGAGAAAGAGCCUUUUGCUUGGGUCGAUGCCGAGGACUGCAAGGGCGGACAUGGGAUGGACAAGUCGAACGAGAUCGAGAAAAGAGACGGGAUGGACAAGUCGAAAGAGAUCGAGAACGGACGCGGGAUUGACAAAUCGAACAAGCUCGAGGAUGGAGACGGGAUGGACGAAUCGAGAGAGCUCCGCAUGCUCCGCAUUGGCAAAAGAGUUAAACAACACACGACACCUCCCAGCGAUAUCGGACAGGAAAAUUCGACCGAGCGAGAUGAUCGGUAUCACUGCAUUAUCAAAAGACUGGAAGGCGUUGAAAGCGCGAUCGGAAACCUAACGCGGAAAAAAAGGAGUACGCGGGAGGAAACUCGCAGUCAACGGGAAAUUGUCCUGAAUGCAUGGUGUAAAGCUCCUUCCCCGACGGGACGUGGUCCAAACGAUACCACCUACGAAGGAGACAUUCGCGCCGACAUCCGGACUAUCACUGCCAAAGAAAAGACUGACCCGGAGACUGCUGACCGGUGGAAGGCGGUCGUUCUCGACCGCUAUGGUCUCCAUUGGGGAGUUGACUGUGGGAGCCAAAAUGAACUAUCGAACCUUCCUAUGGAGAUGGUCCGUUUGUUCAACAUCAGGGCUCGUGUUAUUUAUGGCUGGGGUAACGCACGCGCGCAGAUACUUGAUAUUUGUGAUGACUGGAUUGCUCGUUGGAGGUGUGGCGUGGCGCCCUACAUCCCCUCAAAGGAGUACCGGCAGCUAUGUCGACUUUAUUACAGCUGA